UUAGCUUGCCACACCACGGUGGGCGACGAGUGGCGCCCUGAUGAGGCGAUCCGUCUUGCUGCCGCGAUGCAAUUCUCCGGAUUUCGCAGUAUAAUAGGCUCUAUGUGGUCUGUCGAUGAUGAUGUGGCACGCCAGAUUGUUUCUGCCUUUUACAACAACAUAUUU